CACCGGAAGUGCAGUGCAGAACCGUCGCCAGGCUCCACCAGAACUGCGGAGAAGUUGUAGGAAGCCUUUUUUCUCCCCUCUGCUGAAGAGGAUUCCCUUUUUGUGAUCCCUAUCCCUUCCCGUUCGGUUCAGUGCACUGUAUCGACAAAGACGAACACCGACGAGAGAGGCGGUGUGUUGGUGAAUCAAUGUGAAAAGAUCGAUUUACGCCCCUCCUUCCUUGGUUAGUUCUAGUAGCAGUCGGUUGGUCGUAUGUGUCAGUUGUUAAGAUAACAGGUGCCCGCACAGCUAAAGCUCGCUAUAGCAUCUACGAUGUGCCAGGGCAUUGGCAUUGGUGCUAUGCGCGGGUACACGGUCACAGAGACGAGAUGCUUAUUAGCAGCUAAUUAACUGGAAAAGGGCUAGUGAAAGGAGAGGUAACCUGUGUAUGUGGUCGAGUGGUCGAGUAUUUUUAACUUCUACUUCUGGCUCCGGCUCCCGGCAUCAGUGAGUGGAGGUCCUUCGUGGAUGUUGAUUGUGCCGUCGUGUACUACAGUGAUGGUGAAGGUUUGAAGAAGUUGCUGGCUCGAGCCAAGCCGUGUGUGUAAACCACAUCGCUCUCUCCCCGUUUGGCGGAAUAGAAAGAAGGAAAAAGGGAGAACAACGAGGAGGGUGUAGGCAUCAACCAUCGACCGCACGUCCGCCCAACCCAUCGCAAUGGAAUGACUUUUCUCGGGACUCUCGUACCGUGUCCGCUCCAACGUGCUCCAAUGUGCUCCAAGUCCGACGCGACACUCGUCCGACCAUAAUCCGGAGAAGAAUGUCUUAAUCCAUAUACACAGCCGAUCCCUGCUGUCGGCCCGUGUCGCGUAAGCUGUGAGGGCUGAGACAGGGCACUUCCCGGGGCUGGAAAGACUGGCCUGUAACUCCUCCUGCAACUGGGCUCCGGCCUCGAGCCUCCGGUAGUAGCCGUUUAUGAAGCGAAACUGUUCCAUAUCUCUACCGUCAUGAGUGAGCAAUUGCAACGAGUGUGCUAUCGCAGAACGGCGCCGAGAUGGAGCGUACCGGCCAGUACGGUCGGGUAUCGUACUGCCCGUACAGUGACUCCAGCUCUUCGCUACAAUCCUAUGUUCGACCUUUCGAUACAGUAAGGGCAUUGCACGAAACGGUCGUAUCGUUACGUACGGCUCUAGAGGAAUCGCGCCGUGAGGUAGAUCAACUGCGACAACAGAUCACCGUACGUGACACCGUAGAACAGGGUCGCUUAUCCAACACAAAGCCAUCAGACACUCCCCUGAAAUGCACUGAGCCCCCGGAUAGUGGACGAUCACUUCGGUUUCAUCUGAACCCAGAUCCUGCUCCUCCUCCUCCUCCAACUGCUCCGUCACCUUAUUCGGUAUCGAAUCGUGAAACGAUCGAAGACCCUUCCUUGGACAGGAAGUGUAAAAGGCUGAAGAAACGUAAAACGAAAUCCCAACAACCACCGGAAGAGGAGGAAAGUGGUUCAUCCCCACAGCCACCGGUAAAAGACCAGGAACAGUCGGGUGGUGGUCGAACGAAGAAAUCGGCCACCCCAAAGGAUGCCAGCACGUCCCAUCAGACCGUAUCUGUAGUGCCCGAUAUACAGAUCGUAUCGCACCCCGGGACCGGUGCAUCCUCAGCCAUGGCCUCACGGAUUGACGUCAAAAUUAAGGUCUCGUCCAAUAUCAACAUGGAUGAUAGCAGCUCGGAACCGGACAGCUCGGAGCCCAACACGAAAGAUGCGCCAGAGCAGUCCGAGGAGCCUCAGGAAGAAGUGGAACCGGAAGACGAAGAGUUAGUCGAUCGUACGCCGGAGGAUGAUGAGAAAACGAUCGCCGAACGGAUGCCCGAUCCGGCAGAGGAUGAGCUUACGGUGCGUGAAGAGAUUGGAGGCCGGCCCACCGGCGGCAAUCUCCAUGUGGCAAAUGACGAGCAGCUGCAGCAGCACCAGCAGCAACAGCAACAACUUGCUGUCCGCAAAAGCUCAGAAGCGAUCAGCGUUAGGCAGAUAUCUUCGGAGAAUCUCCAAGUCGAUACCGAUCGCCAAUCGAACGCUUCCAUAUCCGAGGGAGACAAUUCCGUAUUCGCCGAGGAUCCGAUCACUGAUGGCGAGACUGGCGAAGGACAUCGCCCUGUAACCGGCAGCUACACCGUCUCGGAUCUGUCCGAGCAUCGGCAAAAGGUGAAGAAGAGUGAUUCCGAGAACCAGGAGGAAGUCGACGACAUCGAGCUAAUAUUUUCGUCCGACGAUAAUGCGAAGGACAUCACCCAGGAGGAUCUGGUCUCGAUUUCGGACUACGAACCCUGGCAUGAAACCGGCCAAUCCGGGACACCGGUUCUCGUGAGCUUCGCUAAUCUAGGCUCAGACCCGGACAAGACGAGCUCGCUGGACCGCAGUGACAGUGAGGCAGCGGAUGGGUUCGAGGGGCUGGCCAAGGGCAAAAGUCUGGAAAGCCAGGAUUCGCUCAGCUUGGAUAAUAUUAAGAAAAGUCUGGACUAC